ACAGCGAGUGCUGUGGAAAGUGUUGACCGGUGGAGCAGGCAGCCUGCGCUCCGUCCCGUCACUGGGAAGGUAUCUCUCCUCGUUGGCCCUGGGAUCGCCCGGAGGGAAGUCCAUCCGCAAUGGCUGCCCUCUGCAGCCUCCUCUUCGUCCUCUCCUCCUCCCUCUGGGUUACCAGCUCCCUCUCUUACCUCGACACGCUGGGAGACGACAGCGAGGAUGAAAGUGGGACGUGCCGUUGCGGCAGGGAGCUCUCUCGCUGGGACAAGGUCUUUGUGAUGCUGGAGGACUCUCAGAUGCGGCAGAGCAUGCUGCUGUCGACCGUGCGGGACACUCUGCCCGGCCUGGUGGGGGCACUGCGGGCGGAGGUCCGCCAGGCCGCGCAGCUGGGGCGCGAGUGGCCGGAGCUGCUGAGGCUGGCGCGGGGCCUGGACCACAGGCUGAGGGCGGUGGAGGGCAGGCUGGAGAGGGCGGCCUCCCCAGGGUCGGCCCCGGGUCCUGAGGUCGAGCCGGGCGGCUGCCCGGGCCUGGGGGAGGAGCCGCGGCAGGACAAGGCCGGGCUCGGGGCCCCCAAGCCUCAGGUUGCUAUGGAGACGCCGGAUGAGGAUCUUCCCGCAGGGUGCCAGAGGACGAUGGCGCUGACCACGCUUCAACCUACGGCUUUUCCGGUGGAUGGCCGCGACCUCCUCGCCUUCACCACCUGUCUUUGGGCAAAACUGAGCGGUGUGACGACGGGGAAAACGGUCCUCCUUACCUACUGCAGUGAAGGCGCCAGCACCCUGUUCCAGCUGUACCUCAGCCGAGGCCUGGCGUUCUUUGCAGUGGGUCCGGCGGAGGUGAAGGCCCGCGCGGGCCCCAUCGGGAAGUGGGCGCACUACUGCGGGAUCUGGGAUGGGGCGACGGGGAACGCCACGCUGGUGGUGGACGGGAAAGCAGCCAGAAGCAGCCCGGCAACCGGGGCGCGCGCCAUCCCCAGCGGAGGAGCCGUGCGGCUGGGCGGGGGCUGCCGAGUGAGCGCCGAUCCUAGCCCCUUCGCCGGAAAGCUGGCUGGGUUCAACCUGUGGGACACGGCCGCCCCUGGGUGGGACGUUGUCCGCUUGCUGAGGAGUGGAGGGUGCCUGGUGGGGAUGGGGGCCUCUCGGGUUAGACUCCACCCCACUAGACCACCAUCCAGGCCCAGUGCUUGAGGGAGUUUUGUGUCACUACCACACAUGAAGUGUACAAAGUACUAUCUAUGCUACUUACUGCCCUUUUUGCUUAAAGGAAAGACACAGCAGUUACUUCAAGGAAAAAGUAAAAAAAAAUGUGCCUUAUGGUUUUAAUGAUCCUGAAUCUGGUCAAGGUGACCAUUUUGAAAAGUGGUCAAGGCAGCCAUUUUGUGACCUCUGCUCCACGUCCCUGGCUUAUAUCAUGCUAUGAACUUGUUAACUAAUUAAACCAGUAAUUAAAACACCUAACUAAACUAGUCCCUUCUGCCAACAUAUUCCUCCAUUCUCUGCAUAUUCAUGUGCCCAUCUAAGAGUUUCUUAAAUGGUUCUGUUGUGUUUGCCUCCCCCACCACCGCUGGCAGGGCACUCCAGGCGCCCACCACUCCCAGGGGUGGUAGUGGAGGCAAAAGGCUACGAGAUGUUGUGCCCACUGGCGACUGCAGCCAUUCUACGGGUUAGGAUACGGCUUGACCAAACGUGGGCAGGGUGAGGAAGGGCCACUGUUUCCCCAAAGAAGAGAAGAAUCCUAGUUGUGGUUGCCAGAAGUUAUUUUAUGCACCAUCUA